AUGGCAACCCGCUCCCAGAGCACCGCUUGUCCCCCAUCCCCUCUUGAUCAAGGAGAGCUGGGACCCACUCUUCCAGCAACCGCCAAUGAGUCAACAAGCUUUGAACCCAAAGUCCACAGGGAAAUCUCCCUUGGACAAGCAAUCUCCCUCAUCCUGGGAUUACAAAACCAGGUCCUCCAACUUGAGCGGGAACUUGAGGAAACAAAGGAAGCCACAAAGGAAGCCCAAGACUGGAUGGGCGCAGUUGAUCAAGCCCUUGCUUGCAUUGAGGCUGGGGGUGGAGCCCCACACACACCAGAAGACCGGAAACCUUUGGCAGUCAAGGCCAUGCCCAGGCCCUUACCCAAAACCAACCCUCUACCAGCGCCUAGUGCGCCCCUCAUUGCCUGGGCCAACCCCACUAGGGCUCCCCCUGUCUUUGCCCAACCAACUCCCGUCCGGGCUCCCCCGCAAGUCCAUACUCCCCCUGCACCUGCGCCUAUUGGACUCCAAUCCCCCCAAGUCCCUCAACCAGUGGCUCCUAUAACCACUUACCAGCCUCCGGUCAAGGUAGAUCACCCUGACGCCUACACUGGAAAAAUAGGAAACAAAGCCCGCCAAUGGUUAACAAGGAUGUUAGCAUGGGUCCACCUCAAUCAGCGGAUGUUUCCCAUGGAUCAGGAGACGCUGUCCUUUCUCCUAAUGAAUAUGAAGGAUGUGGCAGGAGCAUGGGCACACCCCCAUCUCAAUCAACUUGGCUCUCACAGGGCCCUAAUUCAAACGGUUGACAACUUCAGGACGGAGUUCUUGGCUGCAUUUGGUAACCCAGAUGCCACGCAAGCCGCCAAGCGGCAAAUCACCAACCUUACUCAGAGAGGCACCUGUGCUGAGUACAUCACAAAGUUCAGGACCAUUGCUAUGGACCUGGACUGGAAUGACGCCGCCCUUCAUGGGCAAUUUGCACGUGGCCUCCACUGGGAGGUCAGCCGUCUUAUUGCCACCCGCAAACGGCGCCCAACCACCCUCCUUGAGCUGCAGAAUGCGGCCCUGGUCAUUGACAACGCCCUCUGUGAGGAGCGUGCCAGCCACCCGCCUAAGGGUAGGCGCCUCUCCAGCAACCCCAAUUUUGUCUCUGAGGAGGAACAAAACCGCCGCCGGGCUGAAGGCCUAUGCAUUAAGUGCGGCAAAUUGGGCCACAAGUUUGCGGAAUGCCGCACCGGCUGGAAAGCCACGCCUAAAGAGGAAGGCGUCAAAAAGGAGGCCGCCAAAAUUGGCAAAGAGUCUGGACCCAAAUUGGGAAAAGACUAA